UGGCAGUAAUGAGCCAAACGGUGUUUGGAUGUGCGUCAAGUCUAACGAGUCAGACAAAACGAACCCGGAUGUGCCGCGAAAUUUGAAAGAAGAGUUCAGAGAUAUUUCUUGUGAAACAGGAGGGACGUUGAGAAUGAAUCCUUCAGAGCGUUUCUUUGCAAAGCUGCGGAAACUGACUGUUUAUCUGGAGACUGAAAGCAACAAUCUCCUUCACGCAAGUCAGAACCCUCAAGACGACGAUGAGGAUGAAGAGAAUGGGGCUCAAGCUCUGUACCAGCUGCACUCUGAAGUCAGAGCAUUGAAGCGGGAAGUUCAAAAUCAGGUGGCUACACAUGAUGCAGCAAGUACUGAACUGAGGAACUUUGUAAGUAGAUGCUUGGUGCUGAAGCAGAGAACCACAGAAGACAUUGACAGGCUGAAGAAACACUAUGAGAAGUAUGGGUACAGACCACGAACAGCAAGACAGGGAAAUGCAGAGAUGAAUGGUACAAAAGAUGCAGAAAAGUUGGAUGCAGCAGAUGAAGAUGAAGUGAUGGGACAAGGGAUUUGUGAAGAGGCUCAGCAGCCUGAGACACCAGAGAAGAUGCAGCCACCCGUUGACCAGCUGCGGACCCCAAAGCUCUCCGAUUUUGGUCUGUCUGCACUCCAGUUCCAAAGAGUGCUUGGUGAAGCAGAGCCGCCCCACAGUGCCGCUCCUGUCCCAGCUGUGGCUCUGUCACCACCACCAUUUGUCAUGAACAUGCAUCCACCGCAGCCAAAGACGCCCAAGUGCUCUCUGCGUAUGGAGGAGGAUGCUCCGACCCCACGACUAGAGGACUUUGGCAUCUCUGAGUACACCAUGUGCUGGAACAAUGACUUUACCAUGGAUUUGUUCAACAAGAAACCACCAAAGACCAGCAGUGAAAGAACAGAGAAUGGUCAGAAACCCUCUCAUGUUUUCCCCACUUUGUCUUCUGGGCCUAACAAAGGUGUUGCCAACGAGAGUCUGGAAUCCCCAGAGCCUCCUGUGUUUUGCACCCCAGGAUUUAAGAUUGAGAAACACCGUGUCCCAUCCUCUCCACCACUGAAAGGAAAGAAUGACCUUGAUUCUCCUCCUCGCCCUAAUAACUGCCCUUCUACACCAGAGCUCCCUGCAUUUGAAACUCCUUUUGUCAGCAAGCUUAUAAAAAAGGACGACAGGCAGGAAGAAAGCGAUAGACACAGGGCAUCACAGGAGGGCAGCUUUCCCCUAGCAGAUCUCUCAAACACAAACAGAGCUCCUUCAUUUGAUGCUCCAGAGAUGCCAAAACUGCUACGUUAUGAGGAUGAGGCCAUACCUGAGAUGCCGUCUCUGCAGUCCCUUUUUGGGAGUUCUCUUGCUUUCAAAAAUGCAUCUAGUGAUGCUUCUGGGAUGAAGAUGGGGGCAGAUCACGUGUUAGACCUGAAGCAGACCCCUGUCCCAAUGCAUGAAAACAGCUCCAACCAGGAUUGGUGCCUUGCAACGCCAAAAGUCAGAAUGAAGUUCGCUGCAGAGCCAUGCACACCAGAGAUGCCCGAUAUAAGUUCAGUCACUCAGGAUAUUUUAAAACUUGUGGCUCAGUGCAAGUCUUAAGCACUUACUACUGAAUCUGAGCUGAUGACCAUGAAGCCUGGCUUUCAAAAAGUGGAACCAAGAGGAGAACAGCAGAUUGUGGUCAUAAAGUGAUUCUAUUGAAUUAUAUUUGAUUGUAAGAGCAAAAACUUUUAAGGACACUUUAAACCAUUUGAAAAUAAUACUUAAUAAAGAGAAUGAAUAAA